AUGACUGUAGAAAUCAACGAAAAAGAUAACGAACGAGCAAUCGAAAUAUCACAAACACACGGCGACCGAGUAAUUAAAAAAUCUAAAAUAAACCCAAGAUCGAACUCCCGGUACAACGAAAACAUAGAUACCACACUAGAAUUCACAAAAUCAGUUUUUGACGAAAACAACCAACUACCAAUAUCCAACGACACUUUCAAAGCGAUAGUCGAAAACGCACAAGGAAAAUCAGACAUAAAAAAAUUAUGUGUUCAAUACAACAUUGAACCAAGUAUUCUUUUAAAUAUUUUAGAACUACGUCGCCCCUACAUGAAAAACUCUUCACGUUCCAUCAAAACAAGGUUUGAAAAAUUAUCAAACUAA